AUGGGUCGCAAUAAUCGACUUAGACAACGGUCAGAUAAAUUCAUAGGGGGUGCAUCAACUGUGACAUUGACAACAGCUGAAGUUUCACCACAUGCACACGGUAAAUGUAUGCUGUGGGCAAGUGCGCGCACGCAUAAUAUUGUGGAUCCUGGUCAUAAUCAUGGUGGAAGUACAGGUCCCUUCGCGUACAGUCGAAGAAGUUUUGGUUUUUCACAAGCCCAUGGUGGUUUUACUAAUGACCAGGGCAUUCAUACACACACACAAUCAACACCGACUACACAAGAAUUACUAUUCAAGAGUGAGGAACGUAUUAUCACGAAAUACCAGGAGAAACAAGCGUAA